AUGUCUACAGGAAAUCAAAUGCCUACUUUCAACUCUUUCACCAUCACCCAGCCUUUCCUGGGUGCGCCACUUCAAUUCCAACCUGCUCUUGGAUCCAAAGAGCUCGAGGAGUUGAUUGAUGCUUACGUUGUUGGAAAUGCUUGCAAACAAGAUAAGCUUUCCACCGUGACAAUCGAUUUCUAUAACCAUGCAACCGUCGACAUCAAUACCGGUUCCCUCGUUCGCCGAUAUGAUGUUGUCCCAUGGACUUUCGAGCAAAGCCCUUCUCAAUCACAAUAUUCAGGAUUGAGUCCAUCAAUUUUCACUCACAGCCCUGCCGCCUCAACUACCUUUGCCGAUUCCACUUAUAGCUCAAUUAGCACCCCUCCGAAUCGAACUAGAGGGUCACGAGUCUCAAAGAAGACCAAGAAAGAUGUCAAGAAAUCUGCCGAAGUCAGACUACCUGGCUUCUCGAUCAUGACCAAGGACGGUAUCGAUGUUACAAACUCUGCUGGCCGAGGAACGAAAUCGAAAGAGCAGAGAGAACAUGCACAUUUGAUGAGAAUCAUCAAAGCUUGCGACGAGUGCAAGCGAAAGAAGAUUAGAUGCGACCCAUCUCACAGACGGCCUUCACACACAGACAUAUCCAGAACAUCUACAUCAAUCAAACCUUCUCCCCCUUCACAGUCAAAUCCAAGUCCUGUUGCUUCAACCCCUUCGCUAUCUCGAGAAACAACACAAGGCUCUGAAAAAAGUAGUUCUCCCGUUGAAUCAUUUGCAAUUGAAGACUUUGUGCUUUUUCCAGAAGAUGAAUUCAACCAAUGGAACCCAGAAAUGUCUAUCCCAGGUUUCGAUGCUCAAUACAGCGACUUCAGCAUGACAAACUACGAUAGCUUCCCUGAAUUUGACACCAGCUUCUCUACAAUGAACGUUGAUUCAUCAUUCGACUUCUCAUCAUUCGAUCAAUCCUCAUCUCUGAGUGCUCAGCCAUACAAUAACGACGGCCAUAUUCCAAACUUCUACAACUCACAACAACCAUUGGCUUAUGCAGACGUGAAUUCGCAAUAUCUCUCUCCAACUCAACAACAACCAGACUUGGAUUUCCUCGAAUCGUUUGGCGAAUCACAGGACUACUCACCGACCCACACUCAACAGGCUCAUUCACAAGCUGUAGUAGAUGAAGAUCCUGGAAAGAUUCACAGUUUCGUGCACGCUUCGGUUUCGAGAUCUCAAGCAUACAACGUCCCGUCGGCAUCACCGACAGCACAGACCAUAACCUCUCAAGUCAGCAAUACAACCACCCUACAAGAAUUCUCUACAGCAUUCGGCUUCUCGCCUACUGAUGAUUGUCACCAAUCACAAGGCCGAGAAUAUGGCCUCGUAAACAACGGCCAAGAUGGUGCACACGAUUAUGCUACUGAUUCGGGCGUCGAUUCCGGCGUUGAACUUUCGCCACAGUCACAAUCACCACAAUCAGAAUCAAGUGACAGCGGUCUAGAGACUGUAAUCAGUACCAAGAAGGAACGUAGUCGCAACCAACACAACCGUCACCGAGUAGUCUCAGCACGCGAAUGCAGGCGCCUUAAUGAGUAUGACCGCGAGCUCGUAAAUGCUCUCCAACCCAGCAACGGCGAACCACAUGUUCCUGGUACUUCCGACGGCCAACUAGUUUCGAGUCCGGGCGUAUUCCAUGGCGGCGACCUGUUCCUCAUGAACACAAAUACCUUGAGGUCGAUCUCGUCGAACAGAUCGAGUAGUACGAAGAAGCCAAGCUUUGCUUUUAGCACUAACCCCGUUCAUGAAGAAACCCCAUGGAGCUUUGAAUCGACACUUUCCUCGUUGAACAGAUCUAGGCCCGAAGUCCUACAAAAUACCGUGGAAAACGACCAGGUAGAAAGCGCGUCAACCGUUGUGGAAUCACACGAACACGCUGGCACUUCAGCAAGACCAUCUCCCUUGACGACCGUGGAUGCCUCUCUUAGUCGUGAUGCACGACUAGUUGGCGAUCACGUCUCGUCGCGACUUGCAAACUUUGCCACGGGCAGUUCAGUCCAACAGAUAUCAAGCGCCAGUCUCGUAACUCCAUACCUGGCUGUAAGCUCAUCAAUUUCAAGUCCGAGAUCCAAGUUCGGUGCAGAAUCUACGCCACAGGUAAUAUCUGGCGUGGUCUCCACCGGAGCUCUAGCUGUACCGAAUCACGUCACUACCACCUCUUCUCCCCGCUUCAUACUUGUGGACAAAUUGGAUCCAAAGGUAUCUUCCAGCUCUUCCGACAAGGUAGAUAACGACUCUUCGAACCAUGGCGGCCUUCAACGCGAUGAGACUAUUGUUUCGAAUGCUCAGAGUACUUCGGCUGCACCACUAUGCAGUCCAAGCCUAAGCCUCCCCACUUCGGCACACAGUUCUGCACUUGUUAUAAACGACGUAGAAGCAGUGACUGCCCCGAUUACAUCAACCAUCCGCACUACCUCCACUCUCGCCGCACUAGCAAUCGGACUUGCCGUCACUGUCGCAGUCUCGAGGCAACUCGAGAUGUCCGCGACGAUCGUGGUACUCUAUCUCGUUGCAUUUGUAUGUUGUGGUUCAGGAUCAUUUAUUUGUGGGGCAAAGACGAGCUUUAUGGACACGGUCAUGAGUACAUCUAUGUGGAGUUCUUGGUCAGAUAUGAAACUCAAGAUGGAUUACCAACGACAACGCACAUCAAAAGGAAACGAUCACGGAAUUUUGAGUGCGGGAUCAGAGAUGGCAAAGAGAUUCUUCCCGAGAAUUUCGAGCUAG